AUGGGACCACGACGGUCAAAACCCCCAACACGGGCCCAAACACAAGCCUAUACCCCAUUCCGCAAGAAAUACGGCGCCCUCGAAGUCUACAAAGGAACAAACUUCAACAAAAGUGGUCUCACACCCACCGAAUACAUCUUCCCCAGCCUGCAACGCUCCUACACCGCCUCACAAAUCGACACGAUCGAAGCCGUCCAGCAGGAUGCUCUUCACGGUUGGACAACCCGAGAACUAGCUGAUCUCGAUUGUCUCUGUAUUCGAGACGCCAUCCCCGGCGAUCUCGACACGCCUAUUAUGCCCAUCUUCAAUCGCCCGGUUUGGGAAGCUGUCCUGGCGAGACCGGAGUUCACGAGGGAGAAAAUGUAUCCGUUGAAGAAUGGACCGGGGUUGUUGUCGGCUCAUAAUGAUGUGGCUUGGGAGGUGUUGAAGCCGGCUUUGAGGAUUGCGACGUGGUAUUUGACGAGUGCUUAUUUCUUGCCCUGGGUAUGAGAUUGUGGUUAUAAAAUCCUUUACUUGUGGCUUUGGCUAAUGAUAGCCAGUUUGACGCACUACUGAAUGGCCCACGUGAACUCGUCGAUGAGAAGCAGUUACCAAAUGGCUAUAAAGACGAAGAUUGGUUCUCUUUUCGGCCGCCGGAUACGCCUACGCCGGCUGCAACGCUUGCAAGAACAACAGAUGCUAUAUUUGAAGAUUUGCGGAAUCAAAAAAUGCUUCAAAUCGGGUUUAUGAUAAGAAAUGAGAGUCCCGAAGGUCCGGAUGAUUCCAUAAAAGGCCUGGAUGGUUGCGCUGGGUAUUCUACUGUGAAUUACAAACACAUGUUCCGAGCGAUGAAAAAUAAUGAUACGAGUGCAGCGUGGAGGGUGUUUAUAUGGUUGCAUAGUAAAGGAGUUGAACGGUUGCUGGUUGAUAAUUUGAGUAAUUCGGAACGAUACACUAUUGAAUGGAAAAUUGCACUUACAGUAAGAUUUACGUCCUGGAUCUUUGUUCUGAGGCUAUCGAUAUAGAAUCCGAUUUGACUGCUUCUGAAUAGUUGGUUCACGAGAUGAUGCACGCCAUUGAGUGGAGACGUGGAAUUGAUAUGGGUGGUUAGGACAGCAUAAUAAACUUUGAUGAUAAUACGUAGGUUUUAUUGGGGUUGUUUCUGUAUUCCCCUGGAAGCUUUGAGCGAAAGAUACCCAACACUUUUCUUGCCAUCAGAAGCUCUUUUAUCCUUCUUUAUAUCCGCUGAGAGCCUUCAGUAUUGGGUAAUUACAGAAAAGAUAAUGCUGACCUUAGAAAUUUUGACAGAUUCGAGCCGUAUUAUUUGGAUGAAUCUCUCGCUGAACUGGGAUGGAGUUUCGAGAAGCAGGUAAGUACCCACGAAAAAGACUAAGAGAAAACACUUCAUUUUAACAUCUUAAGCUCAAUGGAGGAGUAGAAGAGGUAAUGGGAGCAACCGAACAGACCCUGAUAGAAGGCUUAGUUCUCGGCCAAUUCUUACUCUCCACCUAUCCCUCAAUAAAAUACAACACCGUUCGCGACCAGAACACCCCCAUUCUAAAGCAGCCACCUCCCAUCUUCUUCGACAUCCGCUAUCCCAUCCCAAUCUCCCCGAUGGAAAACCUGCAAACAACCAGAUUCUGGACCACUGGAGUACGAAACUACGGUCUGGGAUUAAUCUUCAUCCGCGUCUUCAAAGCGGGAACGAAAACAACUUAUAAUUUCAUCCAAGGCAAAAUCGAAGAUGAAAUCCAAAGCGGACGGGACAAAGAGCCCAGACCCGCAUCAGCAAAGAACUUUGAGCAAAAUUUCAGGUUGUCGGUUGAGGAGAUGAAACAGGCUGCGUGGCUCACGCCUGGAGAAAGAGGGAUAAUGGACUUUGGAUAUGACUUCCUCCGAAGUUCGAACCGAGAGGAGAAUUUCUGGUCCAACAAUUAUGAAAAGUUCACCGCUAUGAAAGAAAUCAUCGAUACCAUCGACGACAUCGACGACAUCGACGACAAAAAGCCUUCCGCAACAGGCGAAGCACUGGAGAAGAUACUCAAUCGCUUCCUCUCCAAGGCACUUCAAAACCACGGGUACAUGAUAACCUACACCUUCCACAUGGAAGACGAGCGCGAAAGUCUACACACAGAACGCAGAGAAAGUCUCCUGAGAUGGAACAGAGGAACCCAAACUUUCGUCAUCCAAAUGCGAAUAGAACUCCAAAAGAUGUCGACCCCCCAGCCCCAACUAUUGGCGCAAACCGAAAGGGCUUUAAUCAGACUCGAGAAAUCACGGCUUCGACUAGCGAACCCUAAUCCACCCAAUGCCACAACAAAUACCGAAGAGCUCCAACUCCUCCGUUUACGGAGAUGCAGACAGGCUCUUACGAACGCCUCAUCUGUUCCCUCCCAGUCUGACCUCCAGGAGAUGGAGAACCUGGUUAAUUCGAUACUAAACACCAACAUCGAGACGCGUGAGAUUUUCGAGGAGGCGUGCGCGAAAAUCUUGAUUGCGGUUCUAGGUAGGAAUAUUGCCAACAGUUGGGAACCGAGGGUGCGUGAGGGCGGAAAGGGGAUGGAAAUCUUUGAGGAGCUUGCGAGGACGCCUGAGGGUACCUUUCCCGAGCAUGAUAUUGGGAAGGCUUUGAGGGAUGAGAUGAAUGCAUGGGUGGCGAUGCUGAUGGAGGUUGCUACGAAUGGACCUCCAGCUGGUUGA